UACGAUGGCUCUUCCCUAGUUCCCUUAAUAAACUUGUGACGGACAAACAUGUCUUCUGUAGUCUAAAGAAUUAAUAAAUCUAUUAUUAAGCAAACAAAUAUCUUUGUGUUGUGAAGUGAACAAGUGUUAAUAUGGCGAGGAUGGAGCUUCCGGUCGUAGAAAAGUUUUGUUUCAUUUUCCAAUUGAAAACUGGAUGUAUGGCUAUAGGAGUUAUUAGCUCGCUGGUAACGUUCGUCCAAGCGGUGAUACUGAUAACAUUUGCUGUGGACAUCAAAGAAGCGUCAGAAUCUAAGCGGGAUGAGAAUGAUAGUAUGUCAUCCGUCGUGUAUACUAUCGUUAUUCUGCUGGUUAUUCUGCUCUUCAUCAAGUUUCUGCUGGAUCUGCUAUUCGUAUAUGCAGUACAUAAGGAAAAGUGUAAUAUAAUCAAAAAGUACUACAUCUUCUGGAUCGUGUUCUUGGUGCUGUUCAUCAUAAGCUUCCUGAAGACCUUGUUCCAUAUGGGUGCUGGACACGUCAUCACGCAACUUUUCUUUUUGGCCGUAAAUUUGUACUUCCUCGUAAUUAUUCGGAGUUACUGUCUGUCUAUCAACGAGGAUGGCGGUCAUUAAAUUAUCAUACAAGAAAUAUGAAGAAAGAGGUUUUUUUCAGGUAUUUUAUUACAUACUUAAAAAAUUGUUUACACACCAAUACAUAUAAUGUAAUACAGCAAAAUGAGGUUACAAUUUUUUAAAGGAAAUUUUACAUUAGACCUUAUAGUAUAGUACAUAUAUCCUUAUUUUAUGCGUUUUACCUUUGAUGUGGUGUGGCAAAUAAAAUUUGUAUGAAAAAUUAUAUCGAAAUAUUGGAUGAAAAUUUAUACAGAAAUGAAUAAGUGAAUAUUAUUUACAAUAUUAUAUGAACCUUAUUUAGGAUAUUUUAGUAGUUUAAGUUAGAAUUAAACAUAUCAUUUUAAAUACUGUCAACUAUAGCUUUUAUCACGUGAAAUUUAUCAACUUAAGUUCUUUUAACUUUCUCUAAUUAAUCGAUAAAUUUGAUAACUAUAUAUCAAUAUCUCAUCUUUUUAAUAUGUAGAUUUUCCUAGAUUGUGAUAUUGUGUUGUGUAAUCCAAGUUCCUAAUCACACAUUCGAACGACUUGUAAUAUCUUCGCUAAAAAAUGAAACUCUUCUAUAAUUUGCAAGAACCACAAUUACAUUGACAUAUUUUAAACGAACAAUUGAACAUUUAUAAAUUAUAUAUAACAGAUAAUGUUCAUGCGAAUUUCUCGAAACAUGAUUAAUUAAUCAGACUUCAUGUUAUGUAGGUAUAAUAGUGUUAUCGAUUGAUAUCAUUAAUCCACCAUUGAGCGACAUAUAAUCAUUUUGAUAUAUUAUUGUAUUGACUCCGACUUCUAUGCCGUGAAUUGUCUUACGAGCUGCCUUGCGAUUCUGUAACUCACUUUUCGAACUCACACAGCGGUUUUCGCAUCGGCGGUCGCUCUCAAAUCAGUCGUGAAGCAGUCAUUUUAUGAUUUGGCAUUCUGAUAAGAUGGGAGCUUGUAGUUUAUUGUAUAUCGCAAGGCUGAUUCAAAAUUAUUGAACCUAAUUAUCUAAUCGUUAUUAUAAUGCUGUUGUCUUUGGACUUCUGCUAAAUGGGCAGGGGCAGUACCACUGUCUGUCAGAAAACUGGCGUGAAGUGAUGCAAUAGGUUCGUCUUAUUUAAGUCGCGUUUCGAGCGGUGAGAGAUUCCCGGAGCCCAUCACAAGUUACCAGGCAACGCGGCAGGUAUAUCUUAACAUCAGGUGAAUGGUGGUGGUGCCUUUAGGCAAACGGGCGGAAGGCACUAUUAUAUAAAAUAAAAUAGACAUUACAUAGACAAACUUUAUAACGAAUCCAAUUGUAUCAAAAUAAUCUAUAAAUUGCAACAGGGUCUCAUCUGUCUUAUUCAUUACUUUGUCAAAGUAAUGAAAGAACAAAGUCCAAAUUCCAAAAUAUUGAAUAGCUUUUUGAAUCGUUCUUUUUGGAUAAGGGUUGUUUAUUUAUAACAUUUUAUUCCAAUAUAUCAUUAGUAUUAGAGGCCUUUAUUUUUAACACUUGAUUUACAUAUCCAUACAAAUAUUUACUAACAUAUCAGAACGACAAAAUUUAAAAAAUUAACUUGAGCUUCAAAUGUAUAACCAUCGAAGAUUUCGAAAAUGAUUUAAUUUUUAAUAUGUAAUCGAAGUAAUUAGAAGUAAAUGUAUAGAAAACUUUGAUAAUUAGUAUUUGCAUAGAUGGGUCCACGAUUGUUAUGAAAGAGCACAGGGAAUUCAUUAAAAAAAAAAUAUCGCCGAAACAUAACUAAUUUGAGUAAAUUAAUGUGGCUAAAUAAACCUAUAAAGUCUAUAGAUGUUGUUAAGGCACGAUUCCACCAGUGCAGUGUGCUGAACUGUGCGGCACAGUAUUGCACAGUGUACGGCACAAAUGUUUGUUUUGGUCGACUUACUCAAGCGAACAACACAUUGUGCGCGUACAACUGUGCGCUUGUGUGCGCGCACACGGUGCAAGUA